CAUCGUUUUCAGCGCUGACCUCUUUUCUUGUGACCUAAAAACAAGCUGCUUGUUCCCGGAAGUGACGUCUUUUCUUUCUCUCUUAUAAUGGCAGCUGUUGAUAUCGACGUGCCGGUGGAUCCUGAGCCACAAAUUCACAAUCAGGCGGACAUGGAACGACAAGCAGAAGGAUUCAAAGAACAAGGAAACAUCUUUUACAGCAAGAAAGAUUAUUCUGAAGCUUUCAACUAUUACACAAAGGCCAUAGAUGCUUCUCCCAGAAAUGCAAGUUAUUAUGGCAACAGAGCAGCCACCCUUAUGAUGCUCUGUCGCUUCCAAGAGGCACUGGAAGAUUCUCAGAAAGCUGUGCGGCUGGAUGACUGCUUCAUGAAGGGCCAUUUGCGUGAGGGUAAGUGCCAUCUCUCACUGGGGAAUGCCAUGGCCGCUAGCCGCUGUUUCAAGAAAGUUCUGGAAAUGGAACCUAGCAACAGAGAGGCCCAGCAAGAGAACAAGAAUGCAGCCACCCUGCUGGAGUUCGAGAGACUGGCUGACUUUGGCUUUGAGAAGAGGGAUUUUAGAAAGGUGGUGUACUGUAUGGAUCGGGCCCUCGUUCUGGCAUCUGCCUGCCACCGCUUCAAGAUCCUGAAGGCAGAGUGUUUAGCCCUGCUGGGACGCUACCCGGAAGCUCAGUCUGUUGCAAGUGAUAUCCUGAGACUGGAGUCCACAAAUGCAGAUGCCCUGUAUGUCCGAGGCCUGUGUCUCUACUAUGAGGACUGCAUUGACAAAGCAGUUCAGUUCUUCAUCCAAGCUCUGCGCAUGGCACCAGACCAUGAAAAGGCCCGUCUGGCUUGCAGAAAUGCCAAAGCAUUGAAGGCCAAGAAGGAGGAGGGCAAUGUUGCUUUCAAAAUCGCCAACUAUGAAGCUGCAUAUCAACUCUACACUGAAGCACUGGCAAUAGACCCCAACAACAUCAAAACUAAUGCCAAACUGUACUGCAACAGAGCCACUGCUGGGGCAAAGCUCAAGAAGCUAAACCAAGCCAUCGAAGACUGUUCCAGUGCAAUCAAACUGGAUGACACGUACAUAAAGGCAUACCUACGAAGAGCACAAUGUUACAUGGACACAGAGCUGUAUGAAGAGGCAGUACGGGACUAUGAAAAGGUGUACCAGACGGAGAAGACAUCAGACCACAAGCAGCUCCUUAAAGCAGCACAAUUGGAACUGAAAAAGAGCAAGAGAAAAGAUUACUACAAGGUACUGGGUGUUGGCAAGAAUGCAACAGAGGACGAGAUCAAAAAAGCAUAUCGUAAACGUGCACUGCUGCACCACCCAGAUCGCCACAGUGCAGCAACACCUGAGGUGCAAAAGGAGGAGGAAAAGAAGUUUAAGGAAGUUGGCGAGGCCUUCACUGUGCUCUCUGAUCCAAAGAAGAAGAUCAGAUAUGAUAAUGGGCACGACUUGACUGAUGAUGGCGGCUUCGAUGGUGGAGACUUUGAUGCCAACAACAUCUUCAGAGCAUUCUUUGGCGGAGGUGGUGGAGGAGGAUUUACUUUUGAUUCUAGUCCUGAUUCCGGCCCAGGGAACUUCUUCUUUCAGUUUGGAUAAACCUGCACCUCAAAAGUACACAAGCUGCGAUGGACAUGUUGGACCCCCAGUCACUUGUCAGGAAUCAAACUCACACAUGUUCUCUCAAAUUGCUCAACUCUUUGUAGUCCUGCCCCUUCUGUGUUGACUAAUGCCAGCAGAUGUUCUGAAGCAGGCUAUCAGACUCAAAUAAAGGUUCUGCUCUUGUGGCGGUGGCCAUGUUUCAGCCGCCAGCUUCACGGAUGUUUUCUCUAGUUCAUAUAUGUAAAUAUUUUGGGCUUUUUCCCAAUGAGAAUGUCUAUGUUUUACAGGUUCCAACAGACUGUUGAAAUUUGGUGUCAAAUCUGACCUCAGGACAUCUUCCUCUUAUCCUUUCUUUUGUUUUUUUUUUGUUUUUUUUUUUCCAACGCAUUGUGCUGCGUUGUCUAUUGACUUGAAUGUUCAGUCGCUUCCCUUCAUGUACUGUAUUUUUCUUCCCCUCGCUUUAACUCUGGUCUAAUUGAUAUUUAUUUCACUGCGUUGUUCCAAAUUUGCAGCAAACCUUUCCAUGUCCAUUUCAUGUAAGUCAUACUCCGUAUGCUCCACUUCAGUCAUUGUAUAAAAAUGUCCCUCCAAAACUAAAACUACCUUUUGACUUGAGCACCGAGCACACCUGUGUGACUGUUCCAUGGCGACUCGAGUGCCUUACCAUGUCCUUUUUGACCCACUGUUUGGAGUCAAUAACAAACUGUACAAAAGUUCUCUCCGAAACAAAACGCUGUUCAUGUGACUCGUCCAAAUGUAGCUGUUAUGCAUGUUCUGAUAAACGUCCCACCCCUACUGGUCUAGAAACUGUCCAUGGACAUCAUCUGUUCAUCAUUGUAUUCAAUUGAUGUUUUGUUUAUUUAAAAAUAAAGGCCUGUCUUUUCCUGA